AUGCCCCGAAAUAAGAAACAUUUGGUCAAUUUGGUCAUAAAAGAAAAUAAUAACUUUAGAAAUAAAAAUUGCUCGAAUCAAAAUACUCCUUACAAAUCCUCUGUGGAAGAUGAAAAUAUCAAAAUUCAAGUAGAAAAUUUCGUCGCACAAGUCGAUUUGGAGAAAUUUUGGAAUUGGUGCCAUUUGAACCAUGAAAAGCCGAUCUUACCUAAUAGAUCUGGUGAAAAUUGCCCCCGAGCUGCAAAUAGUUUUUUUCAAUUUAAGCGAUUUGUGGCUCGUUAUACCAAAGAACAUAAGAUUCGUGGCCAUAAUAAUCAAACUAUUUUGUCCAAAUCCCAAUCUAUGCUUUGGAGUAAGAUUUCGGAAGAGCAAAGACAAUUUUUCAAAAAUUUGUAUGAAGAAGCACUGAAAUUCCAGAAAGAGAAUUAUCCAGAGUAUGCUUUCCAUCCAAAAAGACAAAAAUCUGAGCUUAAAAUCAAGUCAAUGGGUAAAAAAUCGAAAGAUGCAGUUGUUGAAAAAAAUGAAUAUGAGCAGAUGUUCGAUCUUGCUCCUGCAAAUCGAAACAAUAAUCUGGGGGCAGCUCAUAUAAACAAGGAGGAAGCAAAUAUUUUACCUAACACCAACUCUUACGACUUUUCCGACGUCAACACAGCUGGACCAAAUAGUGUUCUUUUAGACAAUGGAAUCCCAAGUAUUUCUGUCGUUUAUGUUCCUAUGGAAAAUGAAUCAUUUACUUUCAGUGGCGCAUCAUCUCCAUUUACUUUCAAUGAAAUAUCAUCACCAUCUCCAUUUGCAUCACAAUUUGUUUACAAUGACAUAUCAUCACCAUCUGGCUCUUCAUUUGCUUUUAAUGACGUAUCUUCACCAUCUAGCUCUUCAUUUGCUUUCACUGAUGUAUCAUCACCAUCUAACUCUACCUCCACUACCUCCACUCCAAUUUUUUCUUCUCCAAGUCCGCAAAUGGAUGGAAAUUCUUCAGGUACAUCUACAAUUUCAACUCCAAUCUUCCAUUCUCCAAAUUGUAAUUAUUUUUCAGAUGACCAAGGAAACG